AUGAGCUGGCUGUGGGGCAACGAGACCACGGAGCAGGCGCAGUUCGUCGUGAGCGCCCUCCAAGGCGAACUGGACGAGCGGGAGAGCAAGAUCAAGGCGCUGGAGGCGGCACUAAAGCGGGAGCAGCAGGACUUGACGGCGGUCUUGGAGGAUGAAGUGAAGGAGCUCGAGAUGCGGCGUCAAGUCCUUCAGAAGGAGCUGGACGACGUAAAUGCACUGAUUGUCGAUAAAAAAGAGCUUCUUUUACAAAGCAAAACCGAUGGAAACAAGCAGAAAAAAACAAAGAAAAAGAAGAAAAGUGGUACGGCAAAAAUGGAACGAGGGGCUUGUAAUGAGGCUGAAAAAGAGACUGGGCAGCUCAUUGCGACCCAAAAAGAGGAGGAAAAGCCACCUGCUGCAGUCAUAAGGUUGACUUCUGCCGAUGUAACAGACUCCAGGAAAAAAAGUGCUGCCAAUGGAUCAACAUUUGAAGCAAGUGGCAGAAGAUGA